AUGAUUAUGAUGUCUAUGCAAAUCUUUGUGAAAACUCUCACCGGAAAAACAAUAACCCUUGAGGUUGAAAGUUCUGACACUAUCGACAAUGUAAAGGCCAAAAUUCAAGAUAAGGAAGGAAUCCCUCCAGACCAGCAAAGGCUUAUUUUCGCUGGAAAGCAACUUGAGGAUGGUCGAACCCUCGCUGAUUACAACAUACAAAAAGAAUCAACCCUUCACUUGGUUCUCCGUUUACGUGGUGGAAUGCAAAUCUUCGUGAAAACCCUCACUGGUAAAACCAUCACCUUAGAGGUGGAAAGCUCUGAUACCAUCGAUAAUGUGAAGGCUAAGAUCCAAGAUAAAGAGGGUAUUCCCCCUGACCAACAGAGGCUAAUUUUCGCUGGUAAACAACUUGAAGAUGGCCGGACUUUGGCGGACUACAAUAUUCAAAAGGAAUCCACUUUGCAUUUGGUGCUUCGUCUUCGUGGUGGAAUGCAAAUUUUCGUCAAAACACUUACGGGGAAAACUAUUACAUUAGAGGUUGAAAGCUCUGACACAAUCGAUAAUGUCAAAGCUAAGAUUCAAGACAAGGAGGGAGUUCCCCCGGACCAGCAGAGGUUGAUCUUUGCAGGCAAGCAGCUCGAAGAUGGACGGACACUAGCCGAUUACAACAUUCAAAAGGAAUCCACUCUUCAACUUGUGCUCCGUCUUCGUGGUGGAAUGCAAAUUUUUGUGAAAACUUUAACGGGAAAAACAAUCACUUUGGAAGUUGAGAGUUCAGAUACAAUUGAUAAUGUUAAGGCUAAGAUUCAAGAUAAAGAAGGGAUCCCACCAGACCAACAGAGAUUGAUUUUCGCUGGUAAGCAAUUGGAAGAUGGUAGGACUCUAGCCGACUAUAACAUUCAAAAGGAAUCAACUCUCCACUUGGUGUUGCGUCUUCGUGGAGGAAUGCAAAUAUUUGUGAAGACCUUGACAGGAAAGACAAUCACAUUGGAGGUUGAGAGCUCAGACACCAUUGAUAACGUUAAGGCUAAAAUCCAGGACAAGGAGGGUAUCCCUCCUGACCAGCAAAGACUCAUUUUCGCUGGAAAACAAUUGGAGGAUGGACGUACAUUGGCCGAUUACAACAUUCAAAAGGAGUCCACCCUCCACCUUGUCCUUCGUCUUCGUGGUGGUAUGCAGAUGUUUGUGAGGACGUUUGACGGGGAGAAAUUUAGUUUAGAAGUCGAACCAACGGAUACGAUCGCGGAUGUGAAGGAUCAAAUGGAAGCUCUUAACGAAGUACCCUCUGAUUCUCAAAGGCUACUUUUUGGUGGCAAGACUCUUGAAGAUCAUAAGGCUCUUGAACAUUAUAAUAUUGAGAAAGAUUCUACACUGUAUUUGAUUUUUCGUGUUUAUGGCGGGAUGCAGAUAUUUGUGAAGGCGUUGAAUGAUGGGAAAGUAAUGAGUUUGGAUGUGGAACCAACGGCCUCAAUUGGAAGUUUGAAGGCUAAACUAGAAGCUAAAUAUGGCAUACCUGCUGAAUCACAAAAGAUUAUUUAUGCAGGAAAGAUUGUCGAAGAUCAUCAAACUCUUGCAUAUAAUAAUAUUAAGAAUGAUUCUGUAUUGCAUUUGGUUAUUCGUGUACACGGUGGCUUUUAA